CUUAGUACCCGCCUAUAUCUUUAAAACUACGAUGUGUCAAUACGUGCAUUUACGCCUCUCAUCCUUUUAUUCUUGGGGGACGAGCGGCGAGGCUCAACGGGUGAUGGACUUGUCGGCCAGGUCGCGUAAUGCGCGCACUUUAGGUAUUUUCUAUGGGGGCAGGUGAUUGUCGGCAACGGCACGCAAUGCUUUAGUGCUUACCGAGGAGAGAAAUCCCACGCUUCUCCCCGUCACCUCGACUCAACUCUCCGCCUCUCCUUCUCGUGUGUCCUAUGCAGUCUCCGAUAUCACGGAACCCAGCCACUUUCGCUUAUAGAAUACUUGCUAUGUUUUAUACGUGCCCCUCCGAAACCGAGCCCUAAUCACCCUCUAGUUCGUGGUCCGCCAGUCUCAGCCUAGGAGGGAAUAUGUCUUUCUUGCUGAUAACGACGUGACUUCGCGAGAUCUAACCGCCUUCUCCAAACCAUGCCGCGAGGCCGGCCCAGGGUCGUCGUGGCUCCGUGCCUGUACUGCGGCAAGCAAUUUAAACGACAGGAGCAUCUCAUUCGCCACGAGCGCACGCACACGCACGAGAAGCCAUUUGCUUGCGCGUGCGGCCAGAGUUUCGCCAGGCGAGACCUGCUAGCUCGCCACACGAGAAUAUCGCACCCGCGCCCCGAGAUGACGCAGGCGCCGGCAGCCUAUGAUGGGGAGGCCGUGGUCGGUGUAAGUGACCCCGGCUUCUUUUGGGAUCCGGACUUUGCGACUCAGGAUCUCUUGCCCGCCACGCUUCUCGACGUCGACUUUUCUCUCCUCGACGUGCCAGUAAGCACCAGGCCCCCGCGCGUGUGCAGUUUCCAGCGCUUCAGUUCUCAGCUGCCCUCGUUGGGCGACAGCGACGACGAGAGCGACGUGUCGGCAAACGACGGCAAUGCAGCAGCAGACAACGAAGCGGAAGACGGCGCCACCGCCAAUCCUGCGCCGUGGUCGAUCAGCGCGUCUCAUUACGAGAACCUCUGCGCGCAGAUCCAAUCCCACGCAGACGUGCUCCCGACUGCGUGUUCCAUGCCGUCUAGAAAUGUAUUCACUAGGUACCUGGAAACAUACAUUCGAUGUGUCCAGCGUUUUUUCCCCUUCGUUCACGUGGCCACAUUCGUAGCCGAGCGGAGGGACAUCGAACUGCUGCUGGCCGUAGCCGCUCUCGGGUCGCUGUACGCAUACGAAACGUGCAAGUCUUACGAGCUGUACUUCAUGGCCAAGGCGAUGCUCUCUGAGAGGAUGCGCCGAGACGAGCUCAAGUUGGCUUCGGAUUUGGUAUCCGGGCGAGGCGGUUCGAUCCCGAACACCGUAGGCAACCUCAGGACGAUCCAGACGCUCGUUUUGCUCAUAUCCUUCGCGUCGUGGGCCGACACGAAGGUCAUGCCGGAUGCGUUAUCCAUAGGCAGUCAGCUCGCCUCGCUGGUGCGAGCGAAUGGCAUCUCGACGCCGGACGCGAUGCCACCGGACGUCGACUGGCUAUCGUGGGUUGCCGUCGAGGAAAGGCGGAGGACGUUACUCGCUGCCUAUGUAGUGCUCAACCUACAUUGUAUCGCUUUCGGCACGCCUCCACUGCUCCUGAACCACGAAGUUGGCCUCUUUCUGCCCGGAUUUGCAGAGCAUUGGGCUACAAAAAACGCAUCGCAAUGGCGCCAGACCCCCCUCCAAGUCGAGCGUCAAUUCCAGCAAGGACUCCGCUCCCUCUUCGAUGGCACCGGGAUCCCUAAGGAUUCGAGCGUGUCUUCGAUCUCCAACUACGUGCUCAUCCACGGACUGCUCCAACAGAUCUACGUCGACCGUCACUCUACGGGUUCCCUACAACCUGCUACAGUGCAAUCGUUCGAGACCGCCCUCCGCAACUGGCAGCUCUCGUGGGAACUCACCGAUGAAUCGAGUCUCGAUCCGUCGUCUCCCAAAGGCCCGCUCGGGCUUAGUUCGACUGCUCUGUAUCGGCUAGCUUACGUUCGUUUAAAUUCGAAGAUAGGACCCUGUCGGUGGCUCCUCUCUGGGGAAAUACAGCGGAUUACCGAUAGGAGCACCGAGAUGGGCAGGUCGAAGCAGUUCGAUAAAGCUCUCAUCCACGCGGCCCACGCGCUCAGCGUACCUGUGCGCCUUGGGAUCGGCGUGAUGGCUCGUGCCAACACGCCGAUAUGGACGGUCGAGCACUCGCUGUGCAGCCUCGAGUGCGCCCUGCUGCUCCGAGACUGGCUCGAAGCGACGUCGGCGACUCUCAGCGCUUACGGCACCGAGACGCUGCGCAAGACCGAGCGGAAGCUUCUCCAGAUCGUCACCGAGAUCAUCCAGGAGACGCACCUGGCCGACACGCUGGACGUCCUCGAAGACGAGGCCUCUCACCUCCGACGCAUGGGCUCGACGGUAAUCAGAUUAUGGGCCGAGAUAUUCCAAGGCGCUCACGUUCUCGAGAUUGACAAUGUCAUCGGCGCUAGCCUCCGCCUCCUAGCAGGCCCUAGUCUAGAUUGAUGCAGAUCUUGCCCGUGUGCUUCCCCGAGCCGACGUACUCGAACGCCGCGAUGAUGUCCUCCCGAUCGUACUUGAACGUCCUCUCCAACGGCGCGGGCAGCUGGCGGCUGCCCACUAGGCGAACCGCCUCCUCGAGCUGCUGCCUCGACCCGCCCAUGAUGCCGCGAACGGUGACGGACUUGCUCAGCACCGAGAGGAGUAUCUCCGUCUUCCUGUCGAUGGUGAGGCCCGUGAGGAACCCGAUCAGCGAGAUAGUCCCCCCGGGAGCGACGGCCUCGAGGCUUUGCUCGAGCGUCCCGAAGCCGCCGAUGUCGACGACGUGGUCCACGCCCCGGCCCUCGGUGAUGCGCAGCACCUCGG